CCCCCCCUUUCCCGCCUUCCUUUUGCCCUGCUGGAUUUACUUUUUUGUAUAUAUUUUUGGGGAACUUUUCUUCCACCAUGCAGUGGGAAUUUGGACUUGUGCUGCUUUUCGUCCUCACUCCGCAAGCCGCUAGAAUUAAAGGGGCCGGCGUCAGGCUGGACUCGGGGGCCGUUGGCCCCGUGCGCUUGGUGGAGCUGCUGAAGACGUCACACUCACAAACAGAAGGUUCGGGGUUGGAAGUGGAAAGACGGCGACCCAAGAGGUCUGUGUUUUUACAUUCUGGAGUGAGAAUCUGCCCCCAAGAGACCAUCAAUGAAGUGCUCGCCAGCCACCAGGCGUAUUACCAGCUCAGAGUUUGUCAGGAGGCCGUGUGGGAGGCGUUCAGGAUCUUCUUCGACAGGAUCCCCGGGACGGCGGAGUACCAGAGAUGGGUUCACACGUGUCAACACGAGUCACUCUGCAUCUCCGAGCUCACCAAAAACUUCAGCAGCUCCGAGGAGCACAUAGGCAUGAUUCACAGGAAGGUGAACCGGAUGAGAGACAGGAGGCCUCCGUCACGCGGAGUGGUGACUCCUGCACCAGCUCCGGAGAUCCCUGAGAAAGCAGGUGCAGAGCUUCAGACUGUUGCUCCACCUGCCGCCCCAGCAAUUCUCAGCCCUGUGAGUGUCUCUCCAAGCCCCGGCCUCGAGCAGACCACUCCAAACAAGGAGGACUCGGACCUUCCCAACGUGGUCCCAGAGAAUCCCGUGGAGCAGAUGGUGGAGUUCAGCAUCGACCUGGUGGAUCCGGGUUACAGAGAGCUGCUGGACGAUCCAGACUCCCCUCAGUACAUCGACCUGGCUCACCACCUGCAGGACCAGAUGCAGCAUGUUUUUGACAAACUUCCGGGAUUUAAAGCCAUCCAUGUGCUGGGCAUCAGCGAGACGCAGGACACUGAUGGGCCCGGAGGAAUCUCGGUGCACUACUCUCUCGUCUUUGAGAUGAAUGCACCUAAAAUAAAAUCAGAGAAUUCAGAGACGGCGACCGGCACCCCGGAAACUUCAGUCAGCUCCGGCCUCCGGGAAAUGGUCACCAAGGCUUUACGUGAGGAGGCCUCGCUGCCGAUCGAUCUGGAAUCGCUUAACUUCGAACCAGAAGCAAUCCUCCUGCCAGCGCUGACAGCAACCUCUACAGCAGAAGUAGUGAACGAGUCCAGUGAGCCCGAUUCACACAACGAGUUUGAAGUUUCCACUGAGCCAGAAGUUGAUAAACCACGGCUGGAGGUCCCGCUCACGCCCAUGGAGAAGGAAAAUGCCCUUAUCACCCUGCUGGAUCCCACGGCUGUCCCGACUGACGUUAUUACUGAAGAGUCAGAGAAAAUGUUUGUGGGUGAGCUCGAGCCAUUAAAUGAAGACGAGGAAGAAGAAGUGCUGAUCAUUACACAUGAGAUUGAAACCAUUCAUCACGACGAAACUGGGAAACUCGUGAGAGACUAUAUCCCGACCCCUUCUGUGGUUCUGGAGCUGGAAACCGACGGUCCAUAUAUCAGUCUGUCUCCUAACUUGAUAUCAGAGGAAGACCUGACUCCCAUUGAGGAUGACAGUAAGAAUCCCAGUUUUGAUGCUGUCACUCCCACCACACAGAUAUUAUUAACUACAGCUCCCGCUCAAGAGGAAGUGUCCGAUGCGGCACUCCCAAUUACAACACCUUCAGGCUUCACGGGCCAGCCGCCCACUGAGCCAAUAGUAACGCUUCUGGAAGACGAAGAAGGUAAUGCUCUACCGGAUGAGGAAGGCCCUGGACCUUAUGACCCUGGUGAGGCUUCGGAAACAGAGCAUGUUUCAGAGUUGGAAACUGAAUUGUUAGAACCAGAGGGAGAGUCCGUGGUGGUACCUGAACAAAUUGAACCAGAAGAAGGGAAUUUGGAGGUGUCAAAACCUGAGAUAGAGGUAGCUGAAGAUGAAGACAUAGCUGAAGUUCCAGGGCCAGAGGAAGUGAUUGAAGAGGAAGAAGUAGAAGUUGAUGUUUCAGAGCCAGAAGAAGAAGUAGCUGAAGUUCCAGGGCCAGAAGAAGUAGUUGAAGAGGAAGAAGUAGAAGUUGAAGUUCCAGGGCCAGAGGAAGAAGUAGUUGAAGUUUCAGAGCCAGAGGGAGAAGUAGUUGAAGAAGAAGAAGUAGUUAAAGUUUCGGAGCCAGAGGAAGAAGUAGUUGAAGUUUCAGAGCCAGAGGGAGAAGUAGUUGAAGAAGAAGAAGAAGUCAAAGUUUCGGAGCCAGAGGAAGAAGUAGUUGAAGUUUCAGAGCCAGAGGAAGAAGUAGUUGAAGAAGAAAAAGUAGUUAAAGUUUUGGAGUCAGAGGAAGAAGUAGUUGAUGUUUCAGAGCCAGAAGAAGAAGUAGCUGAAGUUCCAGGGCCAGAAGAAGUAGUUGAAGAGGAAGAAGUAGAAGUUGAAGUUCCAGGGCCAGAGGAAGAAGUAGUUGAAGUUUCAGAGCCAGAGGGAGAAGUAGUUGAAGAAGAAGAAGAAGUCAAAGUUUCGGAGCCAGAGGAAGAAGUAGUUGAAGUUUCAGAGCCAGAGGGAGAGGUAGUUGAAGAAGAAGUAAUUAAAGUUUCGGAGCCAGAGGAAGAAGUAGUUGAAGUUUUGGAGCCAGAGAAAGAAGUAGUUGAAGUUUCAGAGCCAGAGGAAGAAGUAGCUGAAGAUCCAGGGCCAGAGGAAGCAGUUGAAGAGGAAGAAGUAGAAGUUGAAGUUCAAGGUCCAGAGGAAGAAGUAGUUGAAGUUUCAGAGCCGGAGGGAGAAGUAGUUGAAGAAGAAGAAGUAGUUAAAGUUUUGGAGCCAGAUGAAGAAGUAGUUGAAGUUUCAGAGCCAGAGGAAGAAGUAGCUGAAGUUCCAGGGCCAGAGGGAGAAGUAGUUGUAGAUGAAGAAGUAGUUGAAGUUUUGGAGCCAGAGGAAGAAGUAGUCAACGUUUCGGAGCCAGAGAAAGAAGUAGUUGACGUUUCAGAGCCAGAGGAAGACUCUGAACUUGUUGGGGAUGUUUUAGAUGAGGUUUCAGAACAAGAACAAGAGGUGGUUGAGCGAGCCGGAUCAGAAGAAACAAUACCUAAAGUUUCCGAAGACAUUAUACCUGAAGUUUCUGAACAGGAAGGAAAGGUGGUUAAGGAGGAAGUUGUAGAGAUUUCUGAAGUAGAAACAGAAGUUGUCAAAGCUCCAGCGCCAGGCGAGGGUGUAGUUGAAGUGUUAGAACCAGCAUCUGAACCAGAACAGGAAGGUCAUGGAACUGAAGUGACAGAAACAGGACAUGCAGUAGUUGAGACUGCAGGAUCAGAGGAGGAGCCAGAACAAGGGGAAGAACUGGUAGAGGUUGUAGAGAUCUUACCAAAACCGGAACCAGGGGAAGAGUCAGUAGAAGUAGCAGAUGUACUACAACUAGAUGAGGAUGUAUUUGAGGAUGUAAAACCAGACCUGGAAGUAGUUCCACUACCACAGGAAGAGCCUGAGGACAUUUCAAAACCGCAAGCACUACCAGAGGCCGAAGACGAGGCAGCUGAUGUUUUUAAGGAAGAACAAGAGGAGGUUGUUGAGAAUCCAAAGGAUGAAACGGAACCAGGGGAAGGCACAGAUCUUGUUUUACCACCAGCAGAAGAGUUACCCGGGGUUUCAGAAAUAGAAGAGGAAGGAGUGGAAGGAGUUGAUGUCCCAGAACCAAGUUCAGAGGAGGGUAUAGUUGAGAUUUCAGAACCAGAACCAGAGGAAGAAGUUACUGAGCCGCCAGCUGAAUCAAUUAAAAUCCUUCACCCAAACAGCCCAGAUGAUCUUCACUUUAGAGAGGAUAUUUUCCAGAUAAUUGAAGAUAACGAGUUUCUUCCACCAGUUGGACCAAAUUACCCCCGGCCACAUGAGGAAGAUGACUUACCCAUAUUACCGAUAGACAACCAACCUUCUGAAGAAGAUGAAGCUGAACCUGACCAUGAAUAUCCUGUCAUUGAUGACUUUAACACAGAGGAGGAUGUUGACGGCAUAGACACACAAGUGGAGAGUGACACUGGUGCUGCCACACUGACAGAAACAUCAGAGAGCGAUCUACAGUUUGAAACAACCUCAGAUUUCAAAGAGUCAACAGCUGCAGACAACCACGACACAUUAGAGGGUGCUGAAGUCACAGAAGAUGUGCCGAAGGAGACGCAAGAAAGUGAUUUAUCCCCAGAAAGAGACAUCCGUGUAACGGCAGCUCCGGUUUCAGACUUCUUCCCCACACCUCUGACAACUCUGACAAUCACACCCAGCCCGACUGUAGACUCUGGCAUCUUUGAGGUAGAAGAGCAAUCUGUAAUUCCCUCUACACUUGAGUCUUCAGAGGACGAUGGCGCGGCACCAGAGGCAGAGUCGGAGCCAGCUGUGGUCAUUAUCGAAGAAGACCUGGAAGACGCAGUACCAAAAGAAGGGGAAGGCCAAACAAUCCCAGCAACAGCUGCUGAAGACGUCACAGAUGAGGCUGUGAAGGACCUGGCGGUGGAGCUGGACCAAACGGACGUAGCAGCCACUGAGUCAAACGAGCUGCCGGAUGAGGGAAGCGGAUUCUUACCUGUGGGGGAGGAAGGUACCGCUGUCGGCGUCACAACCCCACCUCCAGUCAGAUACCUGACUACGCCUUCCAUGACCACGGCCGGCCAAGGCAGGGAGCUGGUGGUGUUCUUCAGCCUGCGCGUCACCAACAUGGACUUCUCUGCAGACCUCUUCAACAAAACUUCUCCAGAGUACAGAUCGCUGGAGAACACCUUCUUAGACUUGCUGAUGCCGUUCUUGCAGGCAAACCUGACGGGCUUCAAGAAACUGGAGAUUCUUAACUUCAGGAAGGGCAGCGUGGUCGUCAACAGCAGGAUGAAGUUUGCCAAGUCUGUGCCGUACAACAUCACCAGCGCCGUGCACUGCGCCCUGGAGGAGUUCUGCUUCACAGCCUCCCAGAACCUGCACAUCGAGAUAGACACCCACUCUCUGGAUGUUGAACCAGCUGAUCAGGCCGAUGCCUGCAAGUUCCUGGCCUGCGAAGAGUUCUCUCGCUGCGUGGUGAACGGCCGGACGAAGGAGGCUCAGUGUCUUUGCGAGCCGGGCUUCCUGUCGGUAGACGGCCUCCCCUGUCAGAGUCUGUGUGUCCUGCAGCCCGACUACUGCCAAGGAGGCGACUGUCACAUUGUCCCUGGACAUGGAGCCGUGUGCAGAUACAAAGACAGCUACUCCCUCCCAGGCGUUGCCAGUUAAGAAAAAGUAUGGGAUUGGACGUCACCAGAGAAUACCAUAAAAGACUCAAUGAAAUAGAAUUCGUCAGCAGGAACUUGGGACUCAUCACAGCCUCACAGUUAGAAAUCAUAAGCUGAAGAGCUUUCAGGACAAACUGUUUGCCUCCAAAGAGGACAUUCUUCCUUCUGUGCAAUCAGACAUUUAGGCCACUUUGGACAGCCGCCGUCAUCGUCGCUGACGAGGAUCUCAGCACGUGACUCUGCAGCCUCGAUCAUUGAUCGACCCUGGACUGUUUUUGUAGACGUCUGCAGACUCUUUUGUGUUUGUGUAGUAAAUAGGUGGUUAAAAAUACACAAGAUCUAACAUGUUAACAUGAGAUCAUCUGAAAGCUCUCAAAUCUGGAAACAGAAAACUGAACCUUGCAUCAGGUCUCUGCUUUAUUUUUUCAUUUAGGUCUGUAAGCACUGUCAGAACUGGACAUUCUCAUCCUUUCACAGCUUAAUACAAACAUUCUUUACCCUGUUGUACACCUGAACCUCUUAUAAACUCGGACUGAAGAUGAGGAUCACUGUGGAUGUGUUGCAGACUAACAUAUAGGAAUAUGCAGCUGAUUUCAUUGCAAUCUUAAUCAGUGGUUACCAACCCUUUUUUUUAAGCUUGAGACCCCUUCAAAAUCAAGCAAUAUUUAUUUUGAGCCCACUCCUGGACUCAAGGUUAUAGUUUUGAGCACCAAAAAGUAAAUCUUUCUUUCUCAAAUUGUUUGUUGUGAAGGAUUUUUUACGGCCUAACAAGGUGAAAUAAUCCAGUAUUUCUAAAGGAAAAAGUGAAAAACUAGAACAGCUAACUGUUUCUAUCUUUGCUGUUGGUGCUUUGAGCUAUAUGCUUACGUUUUGCAGGAAUGUUUACCAUGUUUUAUCAUUAUUUUAGUGUAGCUUGUUAGCAUGCUAACAAUUAAUUUUGUGUGCAAAUGCAGCCAUUUUUUGAGUUGUAGAUCUGUAAUAUCACCAUACAGUGUACUUGUACAGUUCAUGUAAAUAGCUGAAACAUCUGCAUUGGGAAAAAAGAAAAAAAAUCUUUUUCUUAUUUGAAGUGUUAAAUUGUUUUACAAUCGAUAGUUGAAAAUACAAACUGUUGUACAAGA